AAGAAGCUCUCAUCAGUUUUACCGGGCCUCCCUGUUGAAACCCUGAAUUCCUUGCUGGAUGGGUUUGAAGAGCUUGGUGUGGAAAGCAGGGCAGACCUUGUUUUGGUAAAAGAGAAGGACCUGGAGAAAUACCUCAGACCAAUCCAGUGUCGAAAAUUGCUAAGUGCUUUUAUGAAUGAAGGACUUCUGGUGCUUGAAAUAGAAUGUGUUUCAGUAGCCUCUCCACCCCGCCCAAGUAGUCCAUGUCGGGCGUCAUUGGGUUCCCAAAGCUCUCUGAACGCUUUAUCUUCACCCAAACUACCUGGCAGGUCAUGGUACACAGACUUCCAUGUCAAGUGGGACCAGAUGCCAGCAGCAAUCCGAACAGCAGUGGACAAUCAAACAAGACCAUCACCAGGGGACAGACAAGCUAUGGUGAAGGCAGUGGUGGACCAGAUGCUUCAGCAUGAUCAGAACCCAACCAGAGCAACAUGUCACAGCAUUGUCCGGGGCAUUGUAAGGGAUUAUCCCAAACGUUUUGCUGAUGUUGGUAGAAACGGAGACAUUCUUGGAGAUGGCUGUCACUCUCUUCUUCAGCAGAUUAAAACGAGAGUGGAAUAUAAAAAUAGAAACAAUACUCUUGCACAGCGACGCAGAAAGAAAAGGCCCACCACUGGGGUGGCUGAGGAAACCGGAGUGAUGGCAAGAGGCCCUGUGGAUCGGUACGGAUGUGUGAGGUGGUGUCCUGCAGAACUUCCUGCUGGUGAGACCGAGGCAACCUUAGAUGAAAUGAAAAGGCAGCUGCACAACAUCUACUCAGAGGAAGGGAUGGGCGGGGCAGGGAGAGCUGAAGCUUUGAUGGAGAAGACAUACGUCAUCCAGCGGCGGUACCUCAACAGUUUGCCUGCACCUGCCAUUUCAGACAUUAAGGAAGAAUGGCCUUUUCUUUUCUCUCAGAGAGGCCUUUACUCCCACUUUAGUCUGCUGACAGAUAUCUCCAUCCUCAUUAAGUUGCAAGAGGCCCUAAAAAACAGAGGCAGUACACUUAUUUGGUUCAGCCAGGAACUCAAACGCCAUCCAGAGAUUGAGGACGUCCUGAAUAAUUUCGAGCCAGAGGCUUCAGACAAGGCUGCAUGUAUCCUCCUGCUCCUGUUGGCGUACUUUAAGGAGCCCAAGAGUGCCAUCGUGCUUGAGACUGAUGUAAGUUGUGUAAAAAAUAUUUUUAAAAAGCAGUCUGUGUUUACACUAGAUAGUAUACAUAACAUUCUCUCUGAUUACCCUCUGUCAGGAGACCAGUGAACUGUCUUUUAUGUAUUUGAAUCCGUUUUUGCAAGCUAUUCCAACUUUAAUCUGCAGUAUCCUGAGGACGGCUCAUGUACUCUGGAGUUUAUUCAAAGGUGCUUCUUGGGUAUUAACCCUGAGAUGGGCUCCAAAUCGAAGAACAAACAGCUGAGUGGCAUCAACCCACAUGUGAGCACACUCGUGAGAAAACUUGUGGACUUUGAAUGGAUGUCGAUGUAGAUGUAAAGGAUUAAAGUAUAGGGACACCUGACCAUUACACCAACAGGGACUUUAACAUUCAGGGGCAUUGCAUUCCAAAGACAUGCAUUACAUUACUGAUGGCAAGCUCUAUAUGUCUCUCUCUCUAUAUAUAUAUCUCUGUCUCUAUAUCUCUAUCUCUCUAUGUAUA